CAUCGGUAAUGAUGAAAAGUAGCUUCUUCUAAAAGAAAAAGCGUACGUAUGCCGACCCAAUUGGAGACUAGAGUGCAAAAAUCAUGCCCUGUUCGAGGCCAAAAUGGUCAAAAUCAAAAGAAUGUGAUCAUAGUCUCUUGCCAAAAUCGGUAGUUUAUUUCUGAACAAAACAGGCUUAAAAACCGUACCCUCUGGGGCCUCACUUAUCUACGUAGCCCAUACAGUGGAGCACCCCCUCUCCUCUCCCCGCUCCCCGGGUUAAAACUGAAACCAAUUUAAAGGAUAUGGACAAGGAAAGCCCUAGGGGGUCUCUGCAGGUGACUGUUGUUGUCCUGACUCAAAACAGUGACUGACGUGAUCAUGACAUUUGAUUUGAUCGCCAGCCUCUCGUGACUGACUAGGAUCGGAUCAAAUUACCCCCGCCUGCAUGCAGUUCUUAACAGGAUGCGCUGACGGCGGAUGUUACUUCUGUUAACUCUGUCAUAUUUUAAAUUAACUUGCAGUCUACAAAUAGGCCAAUUUACAACGACGCCCUGUCCGUAAGCCUUGUGCAACAUGUUCGCCGUUAUUUUGGUCGUUUUGGUUCUUGCUAACCUUGGAGAAGGAGAAAAAUGCCCCAGCGAAUGCGAAUGCGACUACACUCCUACGAACAACACGACUGACGUUCGAUGUCACAAGAUGUCUUCUUUUCCAUCUGUCGACGAGUUACCGAAAAAUACAAGAUCGCUGCGUAUAAUGCAGUCUUCUUUUCCAAACCUUCCAGCAGGGGAGCUAAACAAAUUGAAGAAACUAUCCAUACUAAUCCUGGAUAACAAUGAGAUAACAGACAUUCAAGAUGGUGCAUUCGACGGUCUCGAUGAUCUUUUUGAAAUAAACCUGGAUCAUAACAGAUUGGUGAAAUUUCCCGUUUUCAAGACCAAAUCGCCACUGAAGAAACUAUACCUUAACAACAACCAGAUCAAAGAAUUAUCACGAAUGUCUCUUAAAAAUCUGCCGGAGCUAAACCGGUUGGAAUUAGAUGAGACUAGCAUCACAGAAAUACCUGCUUAUAUUUUUAGCAAUAACAAGAAGCUUUUCAUCUUGAGCCUAAAGAAAUCCUCGCUGACAACAAUUGAUGACAAUGCUUUCGUCGAUUCAAAUCUCCAAGAACUGUUUUUACAAGGAACGAAGAUUACGUCUUUAUCAGCUACAGGACUCGAUCGUUUAGUGAAACUAAACCUGGAAGAUGUUGAGAACUUUUGGUCCAUUCCUCCUGGUCUGAGUAAAAUCCGUGAGAUCUACUUGAGUGAGUACAACUCUUUCCUUUGCUGCGCUUUCCACCUGAACAUAUACCAGCGAAAUUUCGCUAGACAGAGUCAUUCUGGGACUAAUUCAAUUGCUACGCCUUCGACAAGAUCAAGUACAUCAUCAAUGCCAUCCACAACAGCAAAUGUUAGAUCUACUACAUUUGCUGCAGUCACUACUAACGUUUCUAGUACUUCAACAACGGUUUCCCACAUUUCAAGCCAACACGGGAGUUUCACAACGCCUGUUGCGACCACACCUCACGACCCAUGGGGUAAGAGAAAACGUCGAAACAUCCCGUUUGGAUUUGAGACAGCGGCCCCAACAACAAAUGGAACCUCUGGGUCAGUUACUACUGCUGAAUCAAGUGGCGGUGGUCAGACUUUCCCGAACUUUGAGACCGACGCAGUGACACUCCCAAAUACGAUUCCCCACAAAAAUACACCAAACAGCAGCGUCCCUGUGGUCACAGAACCACCCCCUGAGGACGUUAUUUGUUUACCCCAAAGAGACGCAUACCACCCCUGUGAGGAUAUCAUGGGCGCAAAAUGGCUGACUGUUGUAUCAUUGAUGGUAGGAAGUAUUGCACUGUUAGCAAAUCUUGUAGUGGUCGUUGUAAUGUUGACAAGUGAUCGUCGCCUGAAUGUUCACCGUUUCCUGAUGAGCAAUUUAGCCUUUGCCGACUUCUGCCUUGGUUUAUACAUAUCCAUCCUGGUGUGCGUGUCUUUGGACACUUCAGGCGAAUAUUAUAACCAUAUCAGAGCCUGGGAGUAUGGCGCUGGAUGUAAAAUCGCGGGCUUCAUCGCCGUGUUCUCCACAGAGCUAUCCGUGUACACCCUAACAGUCAUAACAAUCGAGAGGUUUUUCGCGAUUGUGUAUGCAAUGCAAGUUAACACUCGACUUUCCCUUCGCAAAGCAGUCAAAGUCAUGAUCGCAGGAUGGUUGGUGGCCUUCUUCAUAGCCGUUCUUCCCCUCGUAGGUGUGAACAGUUACCAAAGCGUCGCCAUUUGUUUACCCUUCAAUUCCGACACAAAAGGUGACUUGGCCUACGUGGGCAUUGUCUUGGUACUAAAUUUUGGAACUUUUCUGGUCAUCGCUGGCUUGUACGCGAAAAUGUUCCAAGUUGUGGUGGGAUCAGGGCCCGUUGAAGGGGCCCCACAGCGUAACGACGCCACCGUUGCCAAGCGGAUGGCUUUGCUCGUGUUUACUGACUUUGUUUGUUGGACUCCCAUCGCGUUUUUUGGCCUCUUAGCGGCUUUUGGCGCGCCACUCAUCGGAGUCGAAGAUUCAAAGUUCCUGCUAGUUUUUUUCUUUCCGCUUAACAGCCUCUGCAAUCCAUUUUUGUACGCAUUUUUCACCAAAGCCUUUAAACGUGAGUUCUUCGCCCUGCUGAGUCGCUUCGGGUUUUGUCACACUCGAGCGUUGCAUUACAAAGGCACGCUGUCCUCUCUUAUCUACUCACGGUCACGCACAAAGCGUUCUACGAUAGCUGAGGAUGAUACGAGAUCAAAGCGCAUCUCACAGAUAUCUGCUACAUCUGGCGUGGAGGUAAAACCAGGCAACGGCUUUCUAAACGGGAACAUUUACGAAAAUAACAAAUCUCAGGCUCCUUUACCGGAGUGUAUUCCCAUGAAGGGUGUUCGUAACCCGGGCUUUGGGGAUGACUCACCAGUGAGCCCUAACAACGAUGACGUAUUUUUUGACCCAACAGCCAAGGCAGCGAAAGCGGAAUUAUCCCCAGAGUCUGCGCUGCGGAAUUCACGCUCACGAGACGAGACUCCUGAUUGGUCAAACCAAAGCACGCCCCAGAUUUCGCGCGCUCCCAGUAUUGGCAGUUUCCACGCAAUCGAAGGACAACUUCCCGAGAAACGAGGGAAAAAACAGUCUGUAUCUUUUCGGGACGUCCCCCGAGUCCAAGUCGAAAAGUAAAACAGGGCUCUCGGCAACAAUUCAAGCCUACCGAUCUUAACGACACAUGAUUAACCGUUGUCUAAUAAGCUUGAGGACUUUGACACCGUUGACUGAGCCCACAGUGUAUGGUCAGGGGAGUCACAUGGUAGAGAAAGAAACGAAUUUUUAAUAUAAACAAGACUAUAAAUUAGUUAACAUAAUAUAUGUAGUAGUCUUAAAAAAGACGUUUUAAUAUAUUGAGGAAAAUUAGUAUUACAUUAUGGGAAAAAAAUCAUGCAUGUAAAGACUUUGUUGAUUCAAAAGAAUUAAGGUACAACUCACAUUGAGGCUUAAGUGUAUAACGAUCACGUUAUUUACAGUAACAGCGCUAGAAUUCAAUAGCCCCAGAGCCCUUUCUUCUUACUUGGAGGAAGGGCCCUGGUAACGAAGGGUAAGUAAGGGACCAGCCGGCAGGAUAAGGUGGUUUAGCUUUAGCCAAGAGAUAAUCUCUUGCUUGAGUGCACCUCGCAAUCAAGUUUUGAACACCAGGCUUGGUUCGUUAAAAUAAAAAGCCUCGCAAAUUAAUCCACCUGUUUUGCAGGCCUUGUUAGGUUAAUUUAAGUUCGUGAGUUAUAUUCUUUAUCUUACUAGUGCAUAGCGCUGAACAAGACGUCAAGAUUGACUGAAUAUGUACACAGUCUGACGUUUUCUUGUGAUUACCGUUAUUUUUU